AUGCACUCUAGGACUGUGCAGCCCAUGCAGCACAGGGCUUCUAAUACACAACCAAUAAAAUGUAGUAUCCAAGAUCCUAUCCCAAUUGUUCACAAAUAUUUCCAGCCAGGUGACCUAAUCGUUGGUGACAUUAUUUCUCUUGUGUUCCCAACCAGAGAUGCAGAAAGGUUUGAGCAAGAUCCACAUCAUUCUCUUAUUAGCGAAUCUUUUUCCCUUUACAGAGUCCUGACUAAGUUUUAUCAGCAUAUCUUGGCCAUGAUAUUUGCUGUUAAGAAGAUCAAUGAAGAGCUUCAACUCUUACCUAAUAUUACCUUGGGCUUCAGAAUCUGUGAUAGGUAUGGUGGCUAUCAUGCCAAAAUGGAAUUUUUCUCCAGUCAGAACAGAUUCAUUCCCAAUUACAAGUGUGGCAGUUUGAACAAACUUACAUCAGUUGUUGGGACUAUUGAUCCAGGAAUCUUUUUGGUAGAUAUUUUAGACACUUACAAAGUUCCACAGUUUUCAACAGGGUCUUCUCCUAAUGAAAGCCCUUUCUACUACCACAUGGUUCCAGGUGAAGAACUUUAUUACAAGGGAAUUAUUCAACUACUUUUGCACUUCAGGUGGACUUGGCUUCACUUCUUUUUGAAAAGAGUUGCAUUUAACAACAGUGUUGGAAAUGAAAUUUCCUUUGACCAGAAUGGCAAACUUAUUACAGGAUUAGAGAUUGAGAACUGGGUCACAUUCCCAAACCAGUCUUUCCAUCGAGUGAAAGUUGGAAAGCUGGAUCCCUGGGCUGCUGCUGAUCAAAUGUUCAUCAUUCAUGAGGAAGCCAUUAGCUGGCCCAGCACUUUCAACCAAACCAUACCUGAUUCUGUUUGUACUGAGAGUUGUCUUCCUGGUUAUUUCAAGAAAAAGCAGGAGGAAAAGCCAUUUUGCUGCUAUGAUUGCCUUCCAUGUCCCAAAGAGAAAAUGUCAAGCCAGAAGGACAUGGAUUACUGUUCCAAAUGCCCAGAAAAUCAACAUCCAAAUAAGAAACAAGAUUCAUGUAUUCUGAAGAAAGUAUCUUUUUUGUCCUACGAAGAACCAAUGGGAAUAAGUUUAGCCAUUCUGGUAUUUUUGUUUUCUCUCAUCACAAUUUUGGUGCUUGCAACAUUUUUAAAAUAUCACAACACACCUAUUGUCAAGGCCAAUAACCGAAAUCUCACCUAUGUUCUGCUUAUCUCCCUCCUCCUCUGCUUCUUGUGCUCACUACAGUUCCUUGUUGCUCCUGGAAAUGUAAUAUGCCUCCUUCGACAAAUUAGUUUUGGCAUCAUCUUCUCAGUGGCCGUGUCUUGUGUGCUAGCAAAAACCAUCAUUGUGGUUCUAGCUUUUAUAGCCACCAAACCAGGAUCCAGGAUGAGGAACUGGGUAGGAAGAAGACUGGCUUCAUCAAUUGUUUUUUCUGGUUUCCUGGUUCAAGCAGGCAUCUGUACAGUGUGGUUGCUCACAUUUCCUCCUUUCCCUGACAUUGACACCAAUUCAGAAACUGAGGAGAUCAUACUGCAGUGCAAUGAAGGCUCAGCUACCAUGCUCUACUGUGUCCUGGGCUACAUGGGCUUUCUGGCAGCUGCAAGUUUCACAGUAGCUUUUUUGUCCAGGAAUCUCCCUAGCAGUUUCAAUGAGGCCAAAUGUCUCACUUUCAGCAUGCUGAUCUUCUGCAGUGUGUGGGUCUCUUUUGUUCCAUCUUACCUGAGCACCAAAGGCAAAUAUAUGGUGGCUGUGGAGGUUUUCUCCAUUUUGGCCUCAAGUGCUGGGUUGUUGGUCUGCAUAUAUAUUCCCAAAUGUUACACAAUAAUUCUUAAGCCAGAACUCAACAACAAAGAACAAUUCAAACAGCCAAAUGAUCUGGCUUUUUCUAUCAGCCUUGGAAUAUUCUCGGGCUGA